AUGUCGAGACCUCCUCAGCUCAUCGAAGGCGCCUGCGCCGAAUCACCGCCGUCCCCUGCCUUCUGGAAGCGCCUGCGUGUCGUAGGUCGGCGAUUGUUUGUUUGCAGCGUGGCUGGCGCUGCUGUCUCCGCAGUUUGUUUGCCCUAUCAGUUCUCUUAUGCUCGUUGUACCAUGAUGGGCAGCCUUUGUAACUCUGAUAUCCCUCCCUCCCUCCCGCUCCUGCUUCUGGAAGGUUUUUCAAGGAGCCGGGCCCAGCGUUUCAGCGGAGCCGUGCGACUCACGGCUGGUGAGGCCAGAUCCGCACCAUAUUCUGCAGGCUUGGGCCCCAUUUCUCUGCUCUCUGCCACCCUGCUUGCUUGA